UUCUACCACUGAGUAAAUCAGACACAAAAGCAACCUAUGGCUAAGGAAAAAUAUAUUCAUCCACGCCUAUAGACUCGAAAUAGACUUGUAAAUCAGCACGCAUAUGUCCGUCGCAUUCAUGUGGCGCCAACAUUUCAUGACGCUUUGGCUAUUGGGUAUUCCGUGCGUUGCGAACUGCAGUAAACGAGAUGGUGUCGCACUGAAAGAGGCAGCGUGAGGGCGGCUGCAGCCCCAUGAGUAAGCGCGCAGUCAGGCUACAUCCACACCACUUUCAGCUGCCGUAUCUGUCAUUUGCCAUACCGAAAAGCCGACUUACAUCGCCUUACGUAUAAUUGUCCUGACGCACACAAGGUUCGUCGAUGUCAUUCAGACGUCUGAGGUUAUACUAUAUCCCUGUCUUCUUGAAAGCCGGAAUGAAGGCGGAAACAAGGUAAUACGAAUACAUGACAACAUCACUCUUAACCUCCAGAAGAGCUCUGCACUAUCAAAGCAGUUCUUACUGAGAACUUAUCAAAGCGGCGUUAUGGAUCAUAACUAUUGCCAAACACUCUUGGCAUCGUCUAUCCGCAUCUCAUCGAAAGCCGCAACGAUGGCGGUGAAAAGAUCAUCAAGGUAUCUGAGAGCAUCACGCUGAACUUGAAAAAAAGCUCGAUAGUAAGCAAAGAGUUUCUCCUAAGAACUUACCAAGACGACAUUAUGGAGCACAACUACCUAGAUGGCGAAAUACUAGAAGAAAACCUUUAUCAUGACUCGGAGUCAUUUUCCUCAGUUAUUGUACUUCAUGAAAAUGGCCUGAAAGUAGAAGGCAUCGUAAGCUCAAAGUUUGGAAUAAAGCCGAUGUCGACGGAAGAACGGUCAGCAGAUGGAAGCAUUGCUCACGCCUUUUAUGAGCUGCCACGAGACAAGCCUAAUAACAAAGCAGCAGAAUCGAACAGACCGUUGACCUCUGUCUAUGCUCCCUUCUAUCCUGAGCCAAAACGUCGCCCAAAAAGAGUUUCCCUCGAACUUAUGAUACUUGUUGACAGCUAUUUUCGAUGGCAAUUUGAUACAAAGAAUGCGAUGUUGACGUACCUGAUGAUUACCAUCAAUGCCGUAAACCUGAAGUAUCGCUCAGUAUCAGACCCGGAAGUAGAAAUUCUCUUUCGAGCGGUCGAAGUUUUUAACCACCAAGUGGAAAGUAAAUUUCUCGUACGAAAUGGGAGCAAGUACAUCAGAGACCGGCCGACUCUCUUUGCUCUACAGAAAUACGUAAUACAUAACUAUCAGCUAUACUAUACAUUCGAUGCUUUGUACUACAUUACUGGCCUCGACAUGGGCUACUAUUACUUUACUGGCUUUGAUACUGAUGUACAAGGUCUGGCGUUCAUUGGAGGUGUGUGCACCAUAGAUAAGCUCGGCAUGGGUGAAGACAAGGCAGGAACGUAUAGCGGCGUAAGAGUAACUGCUCACGAGCUUGGACAUUUGCUGGGUUGCCCCCACGACCAGGAACAAUAUAGGUUCUUCUCAUCGAAGAAUUGUUCUGACAGCGACGGCUACAUUAUGACAUACUGGUCUAACAGCAGCAGGAGCAUGAAAUUUUCAGAAUGUUGCAACCGAGCCAUAUCAGAGCUUGCACG